AUGGAUUCCAACAACAAGGCUGCUUCCAACAGGCCGAGGCAGGCACAAGGCGACGAAAUUGGUGGCCAGACACGCGGUGAUGACGAUCCUUUCGCCGAUCUACACUUCGAAGGCCUCUAUGACAGCGAACUGAAGGACCUCAUCCGCGACACAGGGAUUUGGGGCAACCACCCAACUUCGCACGAUCUGGACCAGCCGCUCCACGCGUCUGUUUUGCAUCUCCGCGGGGGCCUCGAGAUGCAGGACACACCUCUGCGUGCACAAGCAGGUGACGACGAGCCAAACGCCUGGUCAAAUACCUUCGACGCCGCCGUUGGAGCAGCGGCGUGCUUGCUCGCGGACGAUCGAGCUCAUUCAUCAGAGGCUGGGCAUCACCUCGCACGCCGCCCUCCGCCGUACCCAGACACGAACAACGUCUACGGCGACCUGGAGAUCGGCUCGUUUUUCGACACCUCGGCGGGGUCUCUCGCACGCGUCGCCGGUGUGCCGCCGUCACCAGGGCCGCGACAGCGAUUCUUGAGUGAUCCCGGCAAUGACGGCGCGUUGCAAGAGGUCCGCACCUCGGCCAAGCUUCCGCGUCUGCAUGCGCGCCACAGGGCACCGAGCGAGGGAGUGCGUGAGAUGCGGGGCAAUUACCAGCUGAGGCCUCGAUCUCAUUCUCUUGGUCCCGGUGCGUUCGCCGAGCCAGAUGUCGGCGAUAUUUCCGUGGACGAGCCAGAUACGCGACAGGUUUCUGCACGGCCGCGAAGUCAACCUCCUCCGACGCCCUCUCCGCGCGCUCGUUCCCGCGGCAAGCGACCGUCUUCUGGUGGAGGUGGCCGUGGCGCUGCUCAGCCACGACAGUCCGUGCGCAGCACGUCACAGUACCGCGGUGUGACGCUGCACUGCCGCACGGGGCGAUUCGAGGCGCACGUGUGGCACGAGGGCAAGCAGGUCUACCUGGGCGGUUUCGAGAGUGAGGAAGCAGCAGCCCUGGCGUACGAUCUCGCUGCGAUCAAGUUUCGGUCGAGAGAUGCCAUCACAAACUUCGACAUCCGCAACUAUGAGCAGGAGCUCGCGAAUCUGGACAGCCUGACCAAAGAGGAGCUCAUCGUGAGCCUCCGCAGACAAAGUAAGGGGUUCGCAAGGGGCAGCAGCCGGUUCCGCGGCGUCACGAAACAUCAGAAGGGCAAAUGGGAAGCUCGCAUCGGCAGCAUGGUGGGGAAAAAGUACAAAUACCUUGGGCUCUUUGAGACGGAGGUAGAAGCAGCGAUCGCGUACGACCAGGAGGCUGUGCGACAGAAAGGCUUGCAGUCGGUCACGAACUUCGACAUUAUGGAGUAUGCGGCGUUCCUUUCGCCGGCAGACCAAGCAGCGUUGCAGACCGAGCGCGAGCGCGAGCAGGAGAGAGGCAGCAGAGCAACUGGCAGGCGGACGGCAACCCGCACGCCGAUGCAUCUCACGCAGCCCUCGCCCAUCGUCAACGAAGCUUUCACCCGUCACGGGCUUUCGUCUCGGCCAACAUCGAAAGACAACGGCGAUGUAGCUUUGGGCGCUUCACAGGUCGUCCACGUGAUGCCGUCGAAUGAAGCGCUACAGGGGAUCCCGAACCUGAAAGGCAGCCAGGCCCGAGCCGCCUGA